CGUUGAUCGAGAACAAAUGUAUAUUAACGCGGAUAAAGGAAAAUUGAUUUUGGCGGGGAUCGCCGUGGCGGCUUUUGGACUGGCGCUGGGAUCAUUCGCCAUACAGUAUUGGAUUGUAGAUGCCCUACAAGUUAGUCGGGUUGUGGAAUUGACCAUGUCUGGAUUACUCUUAUUUGGAAUUUACGGAGCUGAAGACAGGCAUAAGAAACCGAUUCUACUGACAUGGAUAAUUUCCACAAUUGUCUUUUGUCAUGUUCUCCUAUUUGUUCUUGAUAAAGCAUAUGUCGGCGAAGUUAUAUAUGUUAUUAUAACCGAAGUUUUACUAGUUGGCAUGAUGUACAUCGUAUACAGGGCAUAUUGUGAGUUGGAUUCAGAGCCAGACCUUGGCUGGACUCAUACUUCUUUUCCAAGGAAUCCGGGUUUUCAACUGUCUCUAAAAUCGGUGGAUGUGACACCCAAAGAGGCAAAGCAAAGUGAAAUGACUCAGCCUCCACCAUAUGAAGAGCAAAACAUACCAAAUGCUUCUGUUUAUUAAAAAUCUAAUUACAUAUGUAUUGCGUAUUUAGAUUGUGCCUUUAUCAAAAUCAAUAAAUGCGCCAGUGUCAAGCGAA